GGCGGAACCCGCGCGCCACGGGUCGGGCCCUGUGUCAGUAGCCGAGCGGGCGCUCGGGCGGGACAUGGCGGUCUGUGCCGCCCGGCGGGCACUGGCCGUGGGAAGCCGCUGGUGGUCCCGGUCGCUGACCGGGGCCCGGGGAUCGAGGCCGCUCUGUGUAGCGGGUGUUGCUGGGGCUUUCCCACCAGCGGCGACCGCGACGACGCGGAGGCACCUCUCGUCCCGAAAUCGACCAGAGGGCAAAGUUUUGGAGACAGUGGGUGUGUUUGAGGUGCCAAAACAGAAUGGAAAAUACGAGACUGGGCAGCUUUUCCUUCAUAGCAUUUUUGGCUACCGAGGUGUCGUCCUGUUUCCCUGGCAAGCCAGACUGUAUGACCGGGAUGUGGCUUCUGCAGCUCCAGAAAAAGCUGAAAGUCCUGCUGGCCAUGGGUCUAAGGAGGUGAAAGGCAAAACGCACACUUACUAUCAGGUGCUGAUUGAUGCCCGAGACUGUCCACAUAUAUCUCAGAGGUCUCAGACAGAAGCUGUGACUUUCUUGGCUAACCAUGAUGACAGCCGGGCCCUCUAUGCCAUCCCUGGCCUGGACUAUGUUAGCCAUGAAGACAUCCUCCCCUACACCUCCACUGAUCAGGUGCCCAUCCAGCAUGAGCUCUUUGAAAGAUUUCUUCUGUAUGAUCAGACAAAAGCACCCCCUUUUGUGGCUCGGGAGACGCUCCGGGCCUGGCAGGAGAAGAACCACCCCUGGCUGGAGCUCUCUGAUGUUCACCGGGAAACGACCGAGAGCAUCCGUGUCACCGUCAUCCCCUUCUACAUGGGCAUGAGGGAAGCCCAGAAUUCCCACGUCUACUGGUGGCGCUACUGUAUCCGCUUGGAGAACCUUGACAGUGAUGUGGUGCAGCUCCGGGAACGACACUGGAGGAUAUUCAGUCUCUCUGGCACCUUGGAGACAGUGCGAGGACGAGGGGUGGUGGGCAGGGAACCAGUGUUAUCCAAGGAGCAGCCUGCUUUCCAGUACAGCAGCCACGUCUCCCUGCAAGCCUCCAGUGGACACAUGUGGGGUACGUUCCGCUUCGAGAGGCCUGAUGGUUCCCACUUUGAUGUCCGGAUCCCUCCCUUCUCCCUGGAGAGCAAUAAAGAUGAGAAGACACCGCCUUCAGGCCUUCACUGGUAGACCAGCUGAGGCCCUGAGUGCCAGGCUCAGUUCCUGAAGAACACCUCUCAUCCCACAAUUGCUGCGGAACUCUCUCUCCACCACUGACCAUAGUGGGUCUCUUACUUGUUUGUGCCAUUUAAUUGUGGGGUUCUGUUUUGGUGGAUAGGGUGCAACUGCUUUCUCCAGAAGACUCGUGUAGGACUCCUCCCAGGCUGGCUUCCCCCAUAAGCCCUGGCUACACUGUGUUCCAGUAAACCUUCCACCAGAAACGCUCUAUGUUCAACUGCACAGGCCUGGAAGUUUCCUGGCUGGUCACACAAGUUGUUUGGAAUGUGAGGUUUUGUCAGUAAACCAGUGCACACUUGGCCACCCUCACCAUUUCUGCCCCUACGGUUUCAGGUCCCCUUUUGACCCACUGGGGGCCCUUGAUUGCUUCUCUUGCUACCCUUCCAGAAGCUGUCCCUUUUAUAAGGGUAUGUAUGUUUCCCUCCUGUGGCUGGGAGCUGGCUAGACAUCUCCUAGGGUCACUGUGCCUCUCAGCCAGUGGGGUGGAGCUGGACUGGGCUCUUAAUCUCUUUACUUCUGCCAAGUGCAGAACAGGAGGCUGGUGUCAGCAUUAGGGGAGUGGCCUGGCUCUUAGCCCUGGCCCUCCACUGGGGGCAUCUCUACCCUCCAUGGGCCUGGGAGAGGAGUGAGGCACGCUAGUCAGGUUUCCCAGAGCAGAGGGCUUGCCAGCCAUGAGCAUGAGUCUGUUAAGUCUCCAGACCACAAAUGCCUAAGCUCAGCCAAGGAGCUUUAGGUAUGGAUAGUGACUAAGUCAAGCUACUUUCUGAGCUUCCUGCAGAACUCCAAGAGCCAGAGAUGAAUGUGCUGCAUUUUGCCCCAAUUCUUGAGAUUCUCGCUCUCCCACUACUACAGUGAUUGUUAAGGUCAUUUUAUUCUUGAAUUAAUUAAAUCUGUUCUAUCCCUUA